CUCAUAGUUUGUCUCUGUUUUUACUGAUGUUUUAGGGAGUGCGUUGGUUCUGGGUGCUUCCUUUUGAUUUCAUUAACGCUCAUUUUUGUGGGUUUAGCUGCAUGACAUUUUGCAUUGUUUCUGUCCAUGUUGCUUCUAAUGCACUUGUUGCUCGUUUUUGUUUCUGGCUCCACCCCACUCUAAUCCCCUUUUUUAUAUCCUUCCGGAGCUUCUUGGUUGGAUUACGCUACGGAAGGAAGGUUCCUGAUGGAAUUAUUGACAUUUGGAAAUUUUGUUCUCUGAGUCUCUGGAAACCGUUCUACUUGCUACAAUCUCAGAAAUAUUGGCUUGCUCAUUUAAGAUGGCAACUCAUUUACCAUGUUUUACAUCUGUGGACACUAGAAAUUCAGUGGGAGUAUUAGCUAUUCUUGGAGGAAGAGUUUCAAUUGAGAACCAUAAGUGUAAAAUUAGCUCAUUGAAGAUGCUUGAUGAGAAGAGCGGGAUUUUUGGUCCCAUCCAGAGGAUUGCUUCAAAUAUGCCUCAUUUUAGAUGUUUGGCAAACUCCCACAUUGUCAACGCAUGCCACAGUAAAGACCCAUUCUUGAAUCUACACCCUGAAGUCUCAACGCCCAGACGAGGUCAGGGAAGUGACGUGGUAACAAAUCCAAGAAAGGAGAGCUCAGGUAGCAGCGUCACCGAGAGCUUAGGAGACUUGCCUGCUUCGAGUAAUUAUAAUGAAGCUAAGAUCAAAGUCAUUGGUGUUGGGGGUGGAGGAUCCAAUGCCGUCAAUAGAAUGAUUGAAAGUUCGAUGAAGGGUGUGGAGUUCUGGAUAGUUAACACAGAUGUUCAAGCCAUGAGGAUCUCACCUGUUUUUCCUGAAAAUCGCUUGCAAAUAGGUCAAGAGCUAACUAGGGGUCUUGGUGCUGGUGGUAACCCAGAUAUUGGCAUGAAUGCUGCCAAGGAAAGCAAAGAUGCAAUAGAAGAGGCCCUAUAUGGUGCUGACAUGGUUUUUGUUACAGCUGGCAUGGGUGGGGGAACUGGCACUGGUGGGGCUCCAGUAAUUGCAGGGAUUGCAAAGUCAAUGGGUAUCUUGACUGUUGGUAUUGUUACAACCCCUUUCUCUUUUGAGGGUCGAAGGCGGACAGUUCAAGCACAGGAAGGAAUUGCAACAUUGAGAAACAAUGUUGAUACAUUGAUUGUCAUUCCUAAUGACAAGUUACUGACUGCAGUUUCCCCAUCCACUCCUGUGACUGAAGCAUUUAAUUUGGCUGAUGAUAUACUUCGACAAGGUGUUCGCGGUAUCUCUGAUAUAAUUACGGUUCCCGGUCUGGUUAAUGUAGAUUUUGCUGAUGUUCAAGCAAUCAUGGCAAAUGCAGGUUCUUCUCUGAUGGGGAUAGGAACUGCAACAGGCAAGACCAGGGCAAGAGAUGCUGCAUUGAAUGCCAUCCAAUCACCUUUACUGGAUAUUGGUAUUGAAAGAGCCACUGGAAUUGUGUGGAACAUCACUGGUGGGAAUGAUUUAACUCUGUAUGAGGUAAAUGCUGCUGCAGAGGUUAUAUACGACCUUGUGGAUCCUAGUGCAAACUUAAUAUUUGGAGCAGUUAUAGAUCCAUCACUCAGUGGUCAAGUCAGCAUAACUCUGAUUGCCACUGGAUUCAAACGUCAGGAUGAAAUUGAAGGGAGGCCUCUUCAGGGAAGUCAGCUCGGAAAUGGAGAUGUCAAUCUUGGAAUCAACGGACGGCCUUCCUCUUUCACUGAAGGUGGGCCAGUGGAGAUCCCUGAAUUCUUAAGAAAGAAAGGGCGCUCACGCUACCCCAGAGCUUGAAAUAUUCGUUCAAAGUAUUAUAUCAUGUUUAUUUGUUUGUUUUCUUUUUGGCCUUUUCUCUAUUAUUUCAUGUUUUCUCUUUGCUUGAAUCCCCUCUGAAUCUCUGACAUGCAAUUUCCUAAUUGUCUUUAAUGGUUGUUACUAAAAUCAAGAUCUAGACUGUUUACAAGUGUCCUUUCCUAUCGAUUUAGUAACGAAAAAUAAAUGAAAAAAAAAAUCCUGUUGAGAUGGAUUGACCUUCA